CAGAAGAAGACUUGCCAUUCUGCCCCCGUGAAAAGUUGAAUAUCCCUCCUCAAAUGUCCCCUGUGCGCGAGUAGCCGCUUGCUGUCAACACGACUCGUUCCCUCGGAGUCGAUAUGGAUUCAUCUGCAUAUAAUAGCCAUAAGAUCCGGACACAUACGCAACGACUGAAUGAUUCCAGCCGCUAAAGUGCUCCCAUCUUCGCUUCUCUUGCUGGGCCCGCUCAUUUCUUCCCAUGCUCGCAUCUAUUUCGAUAUCCGCGCCCUUUUCAAUGCCUUCGUACUUGAUCACAGGAGCCUCUCGGGGCCUGGGUUGGGAAUUUCUCCGCCAGAUAUCAAGCGAUCCGAAGAAUACGGUCAUUGGACUCGUUCGCGAUAAGCCUGCAACCGAGAAGCGGGUUAUGGAAGAGCUGGAAUCCCCCUUGAACAUGCACAUCUUGCAGGCAGACAUAACCGACUACAACAGCUCACAGGCAGCAUCAGCUCAGACCGCGCUCAUCACCGGUGGAGGUCUCGACUACCUCAUCGCUAAUGCAGGCUACGUGUCGAAAUUCGAUGCAUAUGAUGGAAUUGGUGUUCUGGGCGAGCAACCCGAAGCGCUGGAAGAAGACCUCACACACUGCUUUCGAGUCAACGUCCUGGGCAACAUCCACUUGUUCAACGUGUUCCUGCCCCUAAUCCUCCAGGGCGAGGCCAAGAAGGUCAUCGCUCUCUCUACCGGUCUGGCAAAUCUGAGCCUUAUCCCGAAGUAUAAUGUGGAGGCCGCGUCGCUGUAUGCCAUCAGCAAGGCGGGGUUGAACACCGCGGUGGCCAAGUUCAGUGCACAGUAUGCCAAAACGGGGUUGUUGUUCAUGAGCAUCUGUCCCGGCAUGGUGGAAACCGGCCAUUUCACAGACGCGACUCCCGAGCAAAUGCGAGGCCUGGCAGGCAUGCUCACGGCUUUUCACGAGUACGCCCCGCACUUCCGCGGCCCCAGUACCCCCGAAGCAGCCGUGCGAGACGUGCUCUCAGUGAUGCACAGAGCUAGUGUUCAGAACGGAAACGGCGGCACCUUCGUCUCGCAUUAUGGGACUCGGCAGUUUCUGUGACAAGACUCAGACAGAAUUUCAUACACUCUCCUCCACAGCACUAUAUCCACAGACCCAAAGGAAAACACAUUCAGAAGAACUCCAGC